ACCAAGUAACCACAGGCAAUAACAAAAGCAGGCAUAAGACAGCCCCUGCAAAUACAAAACAGGAAAGCACCAAUGGCAGUGCUAAAAUCGCACACUGCACGCGUAUCAAAGGCACUGUUUGCUGACGGAGACCCUGCCAAAGGUAAGGCAUGCAGCUGCCGUUUCGACUCGACGGUGCGAACCCGGGAUGUCGGGAGCGGUGUGCGUAUUGAUCCGAUUGUAAGCCCUGUAUUUACGCUGUGUGAACCCACCCGAAUACUUCACCCACCAGAACGUCCCCGAACGACCGUUUCUCGAUUUCGCUGAUGGAAACCUCGCUGCAUCCAUUUGAAAGUGGCAAGUAGCAGGUAGUAACUGGUGCUUAUGACGGCGCUGCACGGCUGUGGGACCUGCGGAGCACAGAAGGCACUGUGGCCAGCUUCAGGGUGUGGAAUGGGAUGGAGAUCUUCGCGGUGGACCGGGGUAGGGGAUGUAGCGGGCAUCGGAGGCGAGGGUGGUAUGGAGAAGCUUUACGGUCCCGUCCCCUACGACAUCAACGUCGCCUUUCCGCUCGACUCCACUCAGCUGGAGACCCUGCGUCUGAGGCUAACACCAUUCAUCCCAUCCAUUCACGCUGAAAAAUACCAUGCAGCCAUAUCAGACCCUACACACUUCUACCGUUAUUAUCCCUUUCCAGGAAUGGAAGAACCUGGAUCAUAUCUGCUGUUCAUGGACGGUUUCGUGCGCCAGAACCCGUACUCCAUCCUCUUUGCGAUCAUCGACAGGACCACCACAGACCCGGAAAAUCCGGAGUGGGGAGGAAAGCUCGCAGGGACAAUUGCACUCCUGGAUUAUUCACCGACGAACCUGUCAGUGGAGAUUGGGGUGUUACACAUCGCAACGCAUGCAGUGGGAGCACUCCUCAAGUACUGCUUUUCCAUGCCAUGCCCAUCCCAGUCGGAAUCCGGGUUGGGGUUAAGAAGAGUACAUUGGUACGCGCAUCCGGACAAUGACGCAUCCCUGAGACUUGCUGCUCGCAUGGGGCUCAAACACGAAGGGACUAUGAUAUGGGUGAGGGUGUUGCCUGUCGGGAAGACACUCGGAAAGACACCUAGGAAAAACGAUCUGCUGGAAGGGCCUAGAAGAGACACUGCGAUUUUGGCUAUUUCGUGGGAAGACUGGGAGGGCGGAGCAAGAGAAAUUGUGACAACACAAAUGGCUCGAGUGAAAUAA